AGGGAAUGUGACACGACCGCGUGAAAACUUGACACCCGAGAAUAUAAACAAAAGACAUGUCAAGAGCCAUGUGCCAAACUAUCGGGCGGUCUUUUCAAUUCAGACUUUUCUGAAUUUUAUUAUCCAUACUUUGCUAGAGAUGCAUAUAUCAGCAUUUGAGUAGUUUGUUCCAGCCUUCAUGCACGAAAAGGCACCAGUCGACGGCACUGCGAUAAGUCACUCCCUUCUAUCGUUCUCUGGGGGAGCAGGACCAGAUACCUCUCGAAUUAACCUUCUCACCAUUUCCUCUGUGGUUGCCAGCUUCAUUAUGCAGGUUGUUGACUUUCCUCGUUUGAUCCAACGCUUUGGAAUAAUUGGAUGUCUCAAGGCCCUAUGUCUCAUCUUUCUAAUUCUAAACCUCGCUGUACCUUUCACAUGCCUCUUGUUCAACACUAUUGCACGACAAAGUGUGAUGUUAGGAGUCUUAAUCUGUCAACCUUUGUGUGUCACGUUUGGAUACCCCUGCUCUAUUCUACUUCUCACCAAUUCUGCACCUACAGUGGACAUUCUAAAGGAUUUGAACGGGGUUGUGACCAUAUUCGCCGCGUUAUGGAAACCGACUAGGCUUGCCAUGGGUGGAAUGAUAUAUGCUGCUAGCGACCAUUUAUGGGUCAUUUGCUAAUGGUUCUUGACAGAGUGGACGGUUUGAAGCACCUAGCGGCAUCGAUCUAGCUCUAGCUUGCACAUUAAUCC